AUGCCAUCAUCUUUUUUACUGACUAUUGCCCUCUUCGUGCUACAGUGCAGCGUCCAGUUGACAUUUGGGCUUGGCGUUGGCACUCCGCACACGGCAACUGAACUGCGCCCUUCUGCUCCAGAUGACAAUCAUGGAACCCGGGAGGGCGCAGGCGUGCAUGGUGGAGUCUCGCUCCUUUCCUCCACGGAACAGGCUAACAAACUGUCUGACAGCGGAACUGAGCGGCGUGUUGUCCGCGGCCAGAAAGCGACUGGUCAGAGCAAAGAAGAAAUCCAGCCACGUUGUGACAAAAGCCACAAGAUGAGGACAGAGCGGAAGCUAAAUACGCCUCGCACGAGCGAACGUCAAGAAACUGGGAGCGGACAUGUCACACAAGACCGAAAUUUGCCUCUGCUGGAGAGUGGGGCAGACUCACAGCGUAUAACAGGAACGGCUCAAGAGCCUGGGGCAAGUAGACGGCUUCAGAGCCAGUCGUCUGUGCUCGACAGUCCGUUGAAGGGCGCUGAGAACUCGUCUGAAGACCUGCAACUCAGCACAGAUCACGGCUUGGACGGCAAUAACCUAGAUGGCAGACAAGAACAUCGCGCUGCUAACGAAUUACUGAAGAAUGAACCUGCAGAAUUCCUGGACGUUCCGCGCAGCACGGGACGCAAUAAGAAACUCUCCCUAGCACUUGACGCGGUAGUGCGAAACAGUGCUCAGUCUAUCAUCUCACGAGACCUGCCUUUGAACAUGGAUCUAACCCUUUCUUCAGGGCUGGUAGACGAGCGCGAAGCAGGGCGUCCGCGGCAACUGUACGUGGAGAAGGCUCCACUGGUAUUUCUUCUCUCAAAUCUGUGGAACGAGUAUAUCAUGCGGCCACAGUCUGAGGGAGGCACAGGGGUACGGGCAGCAGCGGAUGCAGAGGCUGCUGCCUAUGUUUCAGAUCUUGCGGCAUCGUUCUGGGCGGAUCUUUAUGGUGUUUCAUCAACACUGAAGCUGUGA